AGUCAUUAUUUAACGAAGCAAAAAUCUCCAGUCCACUUCUGGUUCCGGUCUAGACUUCUCUACUGCCCUCCCCGUUCAUCUCAGUCCCGCAGACAUGUGCUGCAUGUGAAAAAAUCCUCCAUGUCUCUCUCUCAAUUCUAGGAUUUAUCCACUGUUAUUCGAACUUGAAUUACCUAACACAAGGAUUUGUUCUUCAACUGUUCUAGGCAUUCCCUUGUCUUGAGUUCUACUUGCUCCGCUUGAAGCGCGUCCAGUUGAUCUUCGCGACGAUUUCUGCUGCGGAUAUCUGGCCAAGAUUCUCCGCAUGUAGAAGGUUUCAGGUGAACGAACUAAAAGAAGCCCGCUUUCUCUUUGCAUUGUUCAUGUCGUUUGCAGAUAUUUGGAACUUAUUCGGGUUGCAAAAUACCCUAUUUUGGGUUUACCCGCGUUACCUCGCGCCAACUCAAACCCUAUAAAGAUUCUUUUUUUUUUUUUGUGGGGUUCCCUUUUGUGAGGUUUUCCCCGCACGUUUCUCUGUCCUUCGAUUUCUUUUCAAUUUUUUUUUUUGGGGGGUUCUGCGGUUUUUAUCUACCUGUUGAAAAACCCAUCUUUCUGAUACCCAUUGUAAAUCCUUAGAGCACAGUACUUAUGAAUCAACCACUAUCUCUGGUGAGAAAUACUAAAAAUCCGAACUUUCUCGCAAACCACUGUGAAGUAUCUCCUCUGAGCUAAUUGUGCGUCCGCAUUCCACUUUAAUCAUUGUCAAUGCUUAUUCGAUUGAAUCAGAGUAUUGUUUUCAUUGCAAUGCUCAACUCCUAGCUAUUUCUCCCUGAUGUCACUUGCUUGCGGUCUGCCCCCUCUCCUUGAGUGUGUCUAUUGCCUUGCCUGUGCCCGUUGGGCUUGGAAACGUUGCAUCCAUAAUGCUGGCCAUGACAGCGAGAACUGGGCCGUCGCCACAAUUGAAGAAUUUGAGCCUAUUCCACGAAUAUGCCGCUAUAUCCUGGGGAACUAUGAGGAUGAUCUUUAUCACCCUCAAUGGGAGCCGCCAAGAGGCUAUGGAAUGAAUCCUGAGUGGGUUGUUCGCCGCAAGACAUACGAUGACACCCGAGGUCGGGUGACACCUUACUUGCUCUAUGUUGAUCAUGACCAUUCUGAUAUUGUCCUUGCAAUAAGAGGCUUAAAUUUGGCAAAAGAAAGCGAUUAUGCUGUGCUGCUGGAUAACAGACUUGGUAAGAGGAAAAUUGAUGGAGGUUAUGUUCAUAAUGGGCUGCUAAAGGCUGCUGCAUGGGUGUUGGAUGCAGAAUGUGACACUAUAAAGGAGUUGUUGGCUAAGUAUCCUAACUAUACUCUCACUUUUGCUGGGCAUUCUCUUGGUUCUGGUGUGGCGGCAAUGCUAGCAAUGCUGGUGGUGCAAAAUAGACAGAAGUUGGGUAAUAUUGACAGAAAGAGGGUUCGAUGUUAUGCAAUAGCGCCGGCUAGGUGUAUGUCACUCAAUUUGGCAGUUAAAUAUGCAGAUGUAAUAAACUCAGUUGUACUUCAGGAUGAUUUCUUACCUCGGACAGCUACUCCAUUGGAAGACGUUUUCAAGUCACUUUUCUGUUUGCCUUGUUUGCUGUGUCUAAGGUGCAUGAGAGAUACAUGCAUACCAGAGGAUGUCAUGUUAAGAGACCCAAGGCGGCUAUAUGCUCCAGGCCGACUAUAUCACAUUGUUGAGAGGAAGCCAUUCAGGUGUGGAAGAUUACCUCCAGUUGUGAGAACUGCAGUGCCAGUUGAUGGCAGGUUCGAGCACAUCGUCCUAUCAUGCAAUGCCACUUCUGACCAUGCUAUAAUUUGGAUAGAAAGAGAAUGCCAGUGGGCUCUUGAUCUGAUGCUUGAGAAGGAAAGAACCAUGGAAAUACCUUCGAGUCAGAGAAUGGAGCGCAAGGAGUCGCUUGCGAAAGAGCACAAAGAGGAGCACAGGGCUGCGCUCCGCAGAGCGGUUACAUUGUCUGUGCCAGAUGCCUACUCUCCUUCGCCCUACGGCACAUUUGAGUCCAAUUCAAGUCCAAUCAGUGAGGAUUCCCCUUCCUCAUCUUUAAAGGGCCGGCAUCGGUUGACCUGGGAUGAGUUCAUUGAUAAGAUUUUUGAGGAGGAUGAGUCUGGUCACAGAUUCAUUCGCAGAACAGCCUCUUCUCAUUAAUCAUGUAGAGUAUCCAAUGUUUCAUCUUUUUGUUCUUGUUGAUAUUUCCUAUUGUAUCAUUAUUUUACCAUAUUUUUUAUUCCUGUUCCACCCAUUCUUGUUCAAUGUUAUUUUAUGUAAUAUAGGGAGGUCAUAUCUUUGCUGUCUUUGAAUAGUACCAUAGAAUGAUUGUAAGGUCUAAAAACUUUCAGAAUGGCAUAUUUUGGAUUAAAAUUCACUGCUUAUAUGAUCAAUAAAUAGACUAUUCGAUUCAAAUACUGAAA